CCUGUGCUGUUACAAGCGCGACCGAUCUCGAGGACGCGUCCUUCAUACGUAAGGACACGUGGCCGUCUCUCGCGUGCAACUUGUUAUGUCAUUGGGCGGAUGAGAAAAUGGGAAUCGGGAUAUCGAGUCGGACAAAGGGACCCAAGCAGGACGCGAAGCCCAGCAAACAGGUGCCGAACUAUGAGGACGACGAGCUAAUACUGCUGAAGAGGACUAUCGCCAGAGAUCCCGAAAUGUUUAUCCUGAACAAUCUCAUGAUGUGCAUCCAGUUCUUCGAGAAUUACGAGGAAGAUAUGCUUCAUAUCAAAGAUACUCUGGCAUCAACCUACGAAGCCAAGCUAAAUAAAUUACUGCCACCACAAAAGCAUGUUCUGCUGCCGGAUGUUCUCCAGGAAUACAUUGCGCGCAACAUUGCCUUCACUUCGAAGAGGCAGACUGGAGAUCUCAUAAUUGAACCACUGCAACCCGUCCGCAUUUAUGUCGUGCACGACAAUAUCGAAAUUACGGAGCAGUAUUAUCUACCAGAGUACAGUAGUCUAAACAAUGGUAUUACGUACACCAUGAUGGUGCAACAGAGCGACCAUCGAGGAUACGUGCGGUUGCGGCGUCUCGACGAAACACCAUAUCCGAGGAACUCGAGCAAACAAGAGAACAUUGGUACUUCAUCAACGGCAGACGAUGACGAGAUAUAUUACGGCGACAGCGAGAGCAUUUACGGCCGUAAUUCGAACAUGAUGCUUCCUGAUCACAUCAAGAAAAGAGGCCUCCAGACCACCACGAUCUUUAAUGCCAGAUCUUUGCCUAAUCUACAAGACGAUGAAACGAUAUAUGAGGAUCAAGUGUCGCUAUCGCGGGAAAAUAUUUACGGAACUCGAUCCAACCGUGAUAUUAAGCCCGAAUCCGACUGCGAGCACAUGUCUUCGAUAGAAGAUCGAAGUGCUCACAGCAAGAAGUUGUCAAAAAGCGAUCCAGAGGCCAGGAAGGGAAGUUAUCAGCGGUAUUCCCGAUCCGGCUCGGCGAAAUCGAUGAGACCGAAAGUUCACAGGCCAGCAAGCAGCUCUAGUUCCGGCUACCGAUCCGGAGCUGGCGAUAGCGAUAGCGAUUGGGGCUAUCACUCCGUGACUUCCAAUGUAGCAUCUAACCGUAACAUGAAUCACGAUAACAUGGCUGCGGACGCGCCCAUAAAAAUCUACUCAAACGCGAUGAUCCCGGCACAGUGUUUCAAGAAGGUGAGGAUUGAUAGUCAAGGUAGGAUCUACACGAUGCGGCAGGACAGGAAGCGGCCACAGAACAGCAAGCAGUAUCGCUUGAUGAUUGCCGACCGGCAGUAUGAUUGCGACGUCUUUUACACUAGCAGCGAGAACUUUAUGAACCAUUUCGUCAACCUCUUCGUAAAUCAGCUGGCAAAGCCACUGGGUUUUGAGCCGGAAGAUAUGAAUCACGUGGAAGAUUCGAUUAUCCACUGUGACAAGAUGAUAGACUCGCACAGUCCCAGACUGCGCAGGAUCGAAUCCUACGAGAUUACGCCGUCGAUAUGGCUGCAGUGGCCGGAGGACGCUCAGGAGUGGCUGGAUCGGCCGAGGAGUACCUGGCCGGACUACAACGACAUCAGCAAAGUGAAGGACUUUGGCUGUCACGUGGUACCCGAGAACUCUAUACCGAAAAAGAGGGACUCAGUGCGCAGAGAUUCGAGACACCAUGGCGUCAGGAGGAACAUCGAUCAUGAAAUUGAAUGGCAGCUGAUAUUCCCAGCCGCUCAGCGAUACUUGGAGACCUGCAUGACGCGUUCGCAAAUGCAGGUGUACCUAAUCACGCUAAUGCUGCACAAGACCUUCCUGAGGCCGGUACUGGACACUACGUACGGCCUAACAAUUUCUCAUAUCAGGAAUAAGCUGUUUUGGCUGAUCGAGGAAAACGACAGACCCUCCAAGUGGCCCGACAAUCGGACCGGCGAAUGUCUACUCAAGCUGCUGCAUAGUCUCUACCAUUGUAUCAGCCAGAACGAUCCGAUCUUGCCCGACUACUUCGUUCGUGAUAAGAACAUGUUCAAGAAGGUGCCGUCCGAUUACCUACUGCACAGCCAGAAGCAACUGAAGCGAAUCAUCGAGAAUCCUAUCAUGUACGUGUUCCACGCAAUGGAGAACAUCAAGCACAGCAACAAAUUCUUCCCGCGACUAGACUUCACGACGCUGUUCAAGAUACUAACAGUGAAGCCAUGGCUGGCAGUGAUGAACCCAGCGCUGGGUGUGUUCGUACCAUCGAAGGCGCUCGAGGAGUCCCACAUGGCCCGCGAGGAGAUCUACAACAGAUCCGGCGAGUUCUGGAUGAGCGUGAGGAUGAGGAGCGAGCAGAUCUACGACACGCGGGUGGUCACGAACAGAACGCUGAUCACCCCGCGCAAGGCCACAUACUCGAUCGUCGAGAUCAUGGAACGUUGCGCCGAGCUGGAAGGUCCAAGGCUGACCGCACUGUUGGACUUCUUUGUCAGACACUUCAUAAAAAUGGCCGAGUGUUGUCAUAGGUAUCGAGCUUAUCAGCAGAAGCAGGUUUAUCUCGAUCAGGCGGACAGACUCUCGAUCAUCCUAUCGGAGGCGACCAGGUACAAGGACGAUGCCAAGGCUUAUCACGACAAGAUCUACGCUCUGCGGAUGAGGGUGACGACGAAUUUGACGAUGAGAUCACAGAACGAGCCGCCGGAGACGCCCAAGAGAAAUCAAGAGGCGCCCAUUUUCGUCGGCAGUCUGAAAGAUCGUUUCACGCGACAGGCUGCCGAGGUCUUGGCGCCUCCGAAAGACGAGCAAUCAAGUGAAGAUCGUGGAAGAUCUAGAAGAAAUCGUGAAGAUUAUGCGGAAUCUAGUCGUGAAGAUCAUACGGGAACAGUCACGAAUGCUAUCAUCCAUGAAGUGCGGUUUAAGGACGAGAAAGCGGAAACCUCGUCUGCGAAUGCACAAACGAAGGUCACGGAAACUUUGAGAAACCUUGCGUUAAAGGAUCAAAGUAACGAGUCGAUCUCGGAUGCGGUACACAAAGUGGUCUCUCUAACGGACAAUCUAGCCGAAACGACAUACAUAUGAUGUAUGCAUUUGGUAAAAAUAAUAGUAGAGAUGAUCUGUCGAAAGCGUGUGGACGAAUCUUCUCAUUCGAUUCAUGCAAACGUGGCGAUUACGUUAGAACUUGAAUCGGCCAUCGUAAUCAAAAUGGUAUUUAUUGUUACAUUUUCGAGAUUAUCGAGCGUGCGAGCGAUAAUCAUUGAAGUAAGUAAGUAUUGGAGGAAGACUGAGCGUACUUAUCACCGCCUUGCGAAUCGUCGAUAUUCGAUCGUCGAUCGAUUAUGUCAGAGAUUAGGACCGAGUGAUUAGUCGUAGAAAUAAUUUAUGAUAAUAACUAAUCGCUGCAGUCGGACUUACUUAGCAAAAUUUCCUCUGUAAAAUAGCAACGUUAUUGUAAUACAUUGUAAAUGUAGUAUAGUAGAUUGCGUCGCUAAAGUAUUUAAAAAAAGAAUCUUCUACCAAAAAACAUUUUAAUUUAAAAAAUCGUAUUUUUAUAUUUCGCAUCUACCAUUUCACUUUUUAAAUUUCAAAUCAACUUAUUUUAUAUUCCUGCCAAUGGAAUUCAUGCACGCAUUUCUAAUAUCGUUCUUCUCACUAUCUUUCAUUAUUUCAUUAUCAUUAAUCUCACUAUCUAUUCCAUCUACCGUCCGUUUAUUAAAUGCUUGUCGCGAUUAAAUACCAUAUCUCUUAAAUGAAAUAUUUGUACAAUAAAAUGGUACACGCACAUGCGUUUAUCGCAACGGCUAGACUCUAACGUAUCACAUAUCAUAAUUUUAAAACUCGUAUUUGUAAAAUUUCGUUCGAGGUAAAUUCAAUCAAUUCACAAACAUCUUUUCCUUUUUUUUAAUCAUUCUUGUAAAUAUGAAAUGUAAAUACUCUUUCUUUUCAUGUCUGAUCGUGCGAGUGAUAAUUAAAUAUCAUAUUCAAAAUCAAAAUGA